UUCUAACCCCUCUGUUUCUCUGUCCCCAAUUAAUUAGAUAUUUGAGUGUGAUCAGUUGCUGAAACAAUCACUCUCAUUGUACUGUGGGGAAAACAAUUGGGAAUCAUCAAAUAACAGUUAACAAACACAUUUUCAAGACUCUUCUCAUUAUAGUGUGCCAUUUGAGAACAAUGAAAGGGCCAGAACUGGUUGACUCGAGGAGCCAUUUUCGAUUCAUUGAGUCAUGCAUUGGCUUGAUGGGUUGUUUGUUUAUUAGCUAUGCCAUCUGGGCACCUCAGUGGUUGAAUGACAGAGGUCUGUGGUCCUCUGGAAAUGAGACCAGCAUGGAUGACAGCUGGACGGCCAAAGACAUUACUAAAGAUCUUAAGGCCGAGAGAGUGUUUGCAUUGGUCGCUUUUCUCAUGUCUGUGAGCUCCGGAGUGCUGUGCCUCAUGUUCGCCCUCUGCUGGACAUCUCAAACGGUGCGGUCCUACUCAAACACCCGCUCACUGCACAUGGCAGGCCAGGCCCUCGACCCCACCAGCCUGCUGCUCUACACUCUAGUGCCUACUGGAUUCUUCUUCUUUCUCAGCUGGGCUGUUUUCACCCACCAACAUAUUGGCGAGAUCAGGGAUGACCUCACUCGUCUAGGCUCGUCCUAUUGGCUGGGAGUCGUUGGCUGGGCUUUGCUAUUGGCUGUGUUGCCUGUGGUCUUCCUAAUGGAGAAUUUAGUGGUGCCAGACAUCCUCCCGGACCUAAUAAAGUCUGCCAACAUGUGGUGGAAGGCCCCAGAGGUUGCGUACGCAAGAUCGUUUAGUGAGGGUUGCCAGCGUUCUCAGCACAAGUCUCAUCCUGACUUCAGGAGGUUUAUGUCAGUGCCCUGAAUUUGAGAAAAGUAACUGGAAGGAAAAGCACGAGAAGAUAUAAGCGGCCUCUCUCUGGUCUCUUCAAAGCUGGUCUCUCCCUGCUAAAUGUAAGAAGCAAAUGCCAACAGGUGGUCAGAGACUCAUUCCCAGUUUGAGAAAACCUACAGAGCUCUACAGGGUUAUAUUAAGGUUCUGUGCUGGCUUUUGACAGUGGUUCUCAGUUUUGGUGAAAACACUCCAAAAAGGUGGUUUUUGCACUUCUGAAACUAUGGGAGCUCUGAGUGUGAAACAAUGCUAAAAUGAUGGUCACAAUUGUACCGCUUAACAAUUCAUGUAUGAGGGAUAUGUCACUCUCAGGUGAUG